AUCCACUGAAUUUUUACGUAAACAUUUAGAUAUAAUGGUACCGACGAACGCGAGAGCUGGAUAAUAAAAUUGAAAUUGAAAGUGUUUUUUUGCUCUGUGACCUCCGUCUUAUAGUAUGUAGUAUGGAAAAACUGACCAUAUUUAACUUUCUAAGCAAUACUUAUGGAGGGUAUUGGAUUAUGUACUAACAAAAUGCACUUGUAUUUGAAAAAUGGCGAGCAACAACAGCGCUGGCUUAUUGUUCAACUUGUUGAAGGACAUACGCCCAGAGUUGCUGGACUUUCAAGUGAUGAUACUCGAUAUGUGACUGACAAUUUGGAGCCAGCUAUAUGGUUUAAAGUCAUGGUAUUAGAAUCAAUUAGCAUUGAUUGCUUAAAAAGAGUUGUUCAUUGGACAAAUGGUAUGAAGGGAAAAGAUGGACUUCCUCUAAUGUAUUCAAUGUAUGGAGCAGAUAAAUCAUGUUAUGAUUUUGAUGAUGACAUUGAUGAGUUGUUUGAUCUGGCAAAUUACUUAAUCGAAACCAAUCCUUUAGCAGAGCCUAAAGAGGAAAUUCGACAAGAGAGGAUUAUAGAGUAUGAGCACAAUCUAUUUCGAAUGUUGCACUGCUACAUACUGUCAAACAUAAUGCUGCAACCACGUGACAUAGAGUGUGUUUAUAAUGCUCUGAAAGCACAAAAUAAAUCCAUCUCUCAGUUAGAAGAUGUGACUUUAAUGCACUCUCGCCUGGCUGAGCAUUACGCAGCACAAAUGAGAAACCUCAGAGAGGUUGAAAUACUGCCCUUGGUUGAACAACUUGUGGAGGAAAAUCGCGUAGGAAGGGAACUUCUUCAAAUGUUGGAUAAAGAUUUGAACAAAGCGGAACCAUUAAUUAGAAGGGAGGUCGAUAAAGCUCAGAAAUUAGUUGAUCAUUUGAAAGAAAUGGCUUUGAUAGGGGCGAACAGUUCAAAGUUAUCGCAUGAGUUAGCAGAUGCACGCCGUAAUCGAGACAGUAGUCAUCAAAAUCUGGUCAACUACUUGGUCAGCAAAGAGUUAGUAAGGAAGGCAUUAGAUGUUGCUGAUCAAGACAGAAGUAAUAAAGUUGACUUAAACGAGGCAUGUCAACAAUAUAUGCGUCUUCAUAAAAGGGUGCAGGAAGAAAAGAAAAUUUCGUCCUUGACAGUUGAAAAAAAAAUACGUGCUGCUAGCGUACGGGAAUGUAUUGAAGCGGUGAUAAGAGAAUUAAGAGCAGGACGUCAGACUGAUGGUGACGAAAUGACAUCUUCUGGACAGAGACCGUUCGACGUUAUGGAUGGUGAAAAGUCCAACCCAGAAUGGCAAACACUGAGUCAAAAGUUAUCUGCUAUCGUCCAUGAUAACGAACAUCCUAUCGGAAUGGCUUUUACUCGAUUUUGUCAAAAUUUAGAUGUAAACUAUCGAAAGAUACUGCGCUCGGUUGAAAACAUUACCUAUGGUUCGACAAGGUUUAUGACAAGUUUUGAUGAUUUCUACAUUAUUAGCGAAGUUGAUAUGGGUCUCAACAAGGCUUUUCUUGAAGAUCAAAAGAAUAUCAUCCUGGGACAUUUAUACCAAGUCACCGAGUUGUUGACGGAAAACUUUUCGAAUCACUGUACGAUGUUCGUUCGCAAAAUUCGUUUAUGUUAUGAAAAGUGUUUUUUCAAUCGAAUAGGGCGGGACCUUAUUAUUGUGUAUCGUAUCGUAUACGGUAAAUCGAUGCAAACAUUAGAAAAACGAAUUAACAGUUUAAGAGAAGUACAAAUCUGUAAACUCGGCUUGCAAAUGAAGGACGAAUGGUGGCUAGCGUUAUUUGAACCUGACGCAAAACAAAAUGGCUACCACGAUGUAAAUCCGGAUGAAGUGAGCGAGGAUGAAAGUUACGCAGCAUCGCAGGAGGAGUACGGUGAUGAUGAAGACUUAACAGACAUCGAGGAGGAUGAAUAUUGUACGGAUAGCGAGCAAGAGCAUGGUCGAAACCUUUACUUCGGAAAUAAAAACGAGGAAAAUAUAAACAAAAUGAAGGUUGGAUUGAAAGUAAGCAAAGAUAAAGUUUUAUCACGCUCUCUUAACAGCUUGUACGAUAUUCAUUUAAAAAUGAAAGAAGAAAUUACUCAUCGAACUGAAGAGGCUCGUCCUCAGUUUGAUUCGGCUGCCAUGGCUCGAUAUUUGCAGGAUGAGCAGCAGGUGGUUGAGCGACAAGCGAGUCUACGAAAGUUCAACAGUGCAUCUUCACUUAAUGAUGUGAGAAGACCUUCGCAUGUUCGAAAGAUUGCUUCACCACCAGCACCGCAGCCAGCGCACCAUAAUUUCGAAAAAGAUUCGUUUGAUAUCCACUUUGGGCCAGCUUUAAUGGCAAUAAAAAACAUAUUUAGUAAUUCUAGUCCCUUAAAGAAAAUGCAGUGCUUAACUUCAUCGUUGCGGUUUAUUGCAACAAAGGUGGAGGAGUUACGCAUGCGUGGAAAAGACGAGAAAACGGUUGAUCGAGCAAAGAUUUGCGUUACGGCAGAAGACUUGUUACCGUUGCUGGUGCUUGUGUUAUUAAAGAUGGCGCCACACGAUGUCGCUAAAUUAUACGUCGAAAUUAUCUUUGUGUCGGAUUUAAUGGCGGACUUUUUGUCGGCUGGUUGCCAUUCGUAUGCAUUGUGUGAAUUUCAAAUCGCAUUUCGUGUUCUCGACCAAACCUGCGACGAAUUAGCUAUUUAACUUUUUUCCCUAAAGUGAUAUUUUUGUAAAAAAAAAAAAUUAUAGUGAUGUACCGUAAUUCCUCUUUUUAGCCCCCGGGGGGCUUAUUAGAUUUUAGAGGUUUCAGAAGGGGGGUUAAUAGAAGGGGCGUAAAUAAAGGGAGGGGGCUAAAUAAAUAAUAGAAUUUUAAACACACUAACUAUUUUUUCAAAUUAAUACAUAACAAACGAAGUUCUAUGAUGGAAAAAAAAGAACCAUAGAUAUUUUGCAAACGAAACUUAGGGAGAAAAAAUUAAAGCUUCAGCAUAUGGAUAUCGUUGUAUAUAUGACGUUAAAGCAACGAAUAAUAUCGAAUGUCUUCGGCUACUUUUACUUUUUUUUAUUAGGCGGGGUUAAUACAAGGGGGCUAAAUAAAGGAAGGGGGCUAAAAAGAGGAAUUACGGUACUUAUUGUAAAAAACAAUUGAUAUGAAAUUUUGCACAAAUUUUUUUCAUCGUUGUUUGUCGUGGAUUUUUUACAAAAAUUUUUUACAGUUUAAAAACACUGACAAAAGUUCCAUACGAUAUGAGGAUGUUUUGAUUCAGCUGUUAAUUUUCAAUAUCGUUUGUGGCUAUUAUUUCAUAAAAAUCCACUGUAAAUGAUGGAUAAAUAUAUUUUCAUAAUAAUUCCUAACCAGCAAAACCUUAUCGGGAAAAAUUGUCGUUAAAAAUGAAAUCUUCUUUAAGGCGAUGAAAGUUUUCCGGACGAAUGUUUUCCCGAAAAGGCCCGUAGCAUAUUUUCUAUGUUUUUUACAUUGUGGUAUUUUUGUUACAAAUGAUAAACAUCGCAUUUAGAAUAAAUUUAACAUUUUUUUGUAUAUUUAGUUUCUUAUUUAAAUAGUUUGAAUGUUUUGAAGAGAUUUUUUUUCUUUUA